AUGGUUGAUAAUGAAUUUCAUGAUGUUCUAGAUACAACAUAUGAAAUUGUAUCAAAUCGUAUAUUAAAUAUAAAUGAGAAAUGGAAAAAUAAACCUUUCAAAAAUUCAAACAUGAAAAAUAUUCUAGAUGAAAGAAAUGAUGAUGGAAAUCAUCAUAUAUUUAGUACAUACGAUAUUAUGAAGAAUAAGGAGGUAUUCCAUAAUGAUAGUAGAAGAAUAUCUACAAAUGAUAUUUCAAAAAAAGAAACAAGGAGUAGUAACAUAGGUUUAUAUAAUAAUAUAAGUGAUAGCUUAUAUAAACUUAAAACAAUAAUAAAUUAUGAUAAGGAAGAAAAAGGUAGUAAAGGAAAGACAGAAAAUUGUAAUACAAAUAUUGAUGAAGAGAUGAAUAUAUUAAAAGAACAUAAUAAAAAUAUCCAACACAUAGACAAUUUAAGAGAAUAUAAUACAAACAUAGAAGACAUCAAUAUCUUAAAAGAAAAUGAUAUAAAUAGAAAAUUAAAUAUAAAAGAAACCUUAGAAAAUGAAUAUAAAAAAAAUGAUGAUAUAUAUAAUAAUAGUAAUGCUUAUAAUAGUGAGAUUGAAUUUUUAAAAAAUGUUGCAAAAGAACAUUCUUUAAAAAAAAUAGAAAAAAAUAUAAAUCUUUUAUUAAAGUGUGAUAGUGAUAAUAAUGAUAAUUUUGAAUUUAAUAAGAAUGAUGUACAUUUAAAUCAUAAUGAUUACAAGGGUGAAGAUCAUUUUCAUGAUAAUAGUGUGAAUAAUCAGAACAAAAUAAAAAAUAUAAUAAAAGAUUAUUUUACACAUGAUGAAAAUAUGAUGAUAAAAAGAAAUAAUGAUAUUAAUGAUAUACAUAUUGAUAAUAAAAAUGAUUUGAAUGAUAAAAAUUAUUCUAAAAAUAUAAAUCCAUAUAAUGAGAGACAUAUAUUUGUUGAUAAAGAAAAUAAUAAUAAUAAUAAUAGUAAUAAUAGUAAUAAUAAUAAUAAUUUCACGUCCUCAUCAAAUAGUAAUAAAAAAAUGAAGUAUCCGUUAAAUAUGAAUUAUUCUAAUAGUGAAGACAAAACAUUAAAUGAAAUAAAUUUAGAUAUGUCAAUUCUAUCGUCAGAUAGUUUAAAAAAUGCAUAUAGUUUUUAUUCAUUAAGUGAGAAAAAUAACUCCAACAACAUAGGGAUGAAUCAUAAUAAAAAUAAUAUGAAUGAAUAUAGGGAUGUGAUAGAUGAAGAUAUAAAUAUUAGUAAGUUCUCUAAUAUAUCAAAUUUACAUGAUUCUGAAAUGAAUGAUAACAAUGAAUUUAGUUCUUCAUUCUCAUUUAAUGAGAACUCUAUAUUUGUAAAAGAUCAAAUGGUUACCAAUUUUUUAGGAAAUAAAAAAUAUGAAAACAAAAAGGAUGUGAUAAAUGAUAAUAACAUGAAAAAUAAUAUAGAAAAGGAUUCUAUAAACAUGCAAUCAAAUCAUUUUAUAAAUCAAAAAAUAGAUUCAAGAAAAGAGGAUGGUAAUAAUAAUAACAUUAAUAGUUCAAAUAUAUUAAAACAUAAUAAAGGAAAUGAACAAAAUGUUAAUAAUUUAUCAGAUUAUUUAUACUCUAUUAAGAAACAAGAAAAUAUGAUUAACUUGUCUAAUAAUGAACAGUUAAAUAAUUUCAAUGUAGAUAAUAAUAAUAUUAGUAAUAAUAAUAAUAGUAAUAUAUAUAUAAAUAAACAAUAUAUAGAUAAUCAAAAAGAUAAUACAAAUAAUAUAAAUCAUCAUUUGAGCUUAUCUUCUAUAAAAAAUAAUACUCAUUUGAACACAUCAAAUGGUUUUAAAAAAAUACCCAAAAAUAAAAAUAUCAUGUCCAAUAUCGAUUUUGAUAAUAAUAUUUUCAAAAGUUAUAUUAAAGACAAUGCUAUAAAGAAUGAAGAAAAUAAUAUGAUUCAUCAACAUGUAGAGAACAAUUAUAUAAAUAAUCAAAUGAAUAUAAAAAAUAAUAAUACUGAAAAUAAUAUGCAAAAUAAAACUUGCAAUAAUUCUGAAAAUAUAAAUGAUGAUAUUAUCAACAAGAAGAAAAUUAAAGAAAUUUAUAAAAAAAUCGAUUCUAUAUCUUUAUUGAAUGAUCUUAGUCUAAAUAAAUUAGAAAGCCUAAAUAGUAGUAUAAUGGAUAUAUAUACAAAAAAUAAUUAUGAGGAAAAAUUUCUUGAUGAUGUAAUAUUAGAUGAUAGUAUUUUUGCUACAUCCAAUGAAUUAUUUCAACAUAGUAAUUAUACUAGUAAGCAUAUUUAUGAUAAUAAUAAGGAGAAAGAAAUGGAGAAGGAGCAAGAGGAGGACAUAUUUCAAAAUAAUUAUAAAAAUGAAACAUAUAAUAAUAAUAAUAAUAUUAUGUUCUCUCAAAAUAAUGCAGAUAAUAUAUUCAAAAUUUCAUAUAGUUGUAAUGACUCAAUGUUAGACCAAAAUAAUGAUGUAGUUCAAGAAAGUAAUAUAGAAAAUAAGAAAGUAGAUCAAUUUGAAGAAUAUCACUCGAAAGAAGAUAUAUUAAAAUUAUACAAUAAGGAUGAUAAUAUUAUUAUAGAUAAAAAUUAUAAUGAUGUAAAAAUAAAAGAAGAUUGUCACUUAAAAAUGGAUAGUCAAGAUAAUAUCAAAAUGAAUGAACAUCAAGAUAUUAAAAAAAACGAGCCAAUUAAUAAUAAAGAAUGUGAUAUAUUUCACAAUAAAAACUUCAAAAGAAACGAAAUAGAUAUUUUGAAAGAAGAAAAUAUAUUAAAAUAUCAAAGUAACAAUGUAAUAAAUACUUGUAAGGAUAAUUUAAAAAGUGAUGAAAAUAAUAUUAGUAAUAUAAACGAAAUAAAGAAUAAUUCUUUACAAUUUGAUAAAAAUAUAUUAUUAAAAAAUACAAUGAGUCUUCAAAAAGAUUAUUCCAAUAUAAAAGAUCGGAAAGCAAACACAUCAAAUAUUGAUAAUAUAAAUAAAUAUACCUCUAAUGAUAUAUCAAUCAAAAGUGAUAUAUUUAUAAAUAAUAAUAAAUCAAAAAGUUAUAACAAAACAGAUAUCAUAAAUGUUUUUUCAAAAUAUAAUUCUAAUCAUGAAGAUACGUUUUCAAAAUGUUUUACAUAUAAAGAACAUUUAAAUAAUAAUAACAAAAAUGAUGAAAAUAUAUUUACAACAUUUUCAAAUGCGUUCAAUAUAUCAAAAAUAAAUAAUAAUAUAAAAAGAUCACAUAAUGAUAUAUUAAACAUAUCAAAUAAAUGUUAUAAUAAAAAUAAUAUCACAAAUAAAACAAAUACAGAUAUAGUUCAAAAUAAUAAUUCACUUGAUAAGCCAGAAACAAAUUUGAUAAAAGAAAAACAACAGUUCAUAAAAACAGAUAUGUCAUCAUAUGAUAAUAACAUAAAAAAUGAUAAUAAUCUUGAUAUAAGAGAGAAUAUAAAUUCUUUUGUUAAAAAUGAAUAUCAAGGUUUCAAUAAAAAUAUGUCAAAUGAAAAUAUAAGUAGUACGAAUAUAUCGCCUUAUAAUAAUCAUAUGUAUAAUCAGGAUGAUAAUGAAAUAAUAAAUAUUAGUAAAUAUAUAGAACAUCGAAUAAAAAAAAAUGCGGAGGAAAAUAACAUAAAGAACAAUAAUAUUAAUGACGAUGCCUCUUCAAAAGAUUUUAAAUAUUUAUCUAAUAAUGAAAAAAAUUUAUUUACUACAAAUAAUUCUUAUAUGUCAACAAAUAUAAACAGCAAUAAAGUGGAGAAUAAAAUGAAUGAUUCAACUAAUGAUGAGUCACAUGAAAGUAUAAAUAAUAAAAAAUGUAAUGAUAAUAAUGAAGAACAUAAAAAUUUUUAUAAUAAAGAGAAUAGUAUUCAUUUUGAUAAAAAGAAUAUUUCAAAUCUUAAUGAUAAUAAUAUAUUCUCAUUAUCAAAAAAUAAUACACACAGUCUUAACUUAUCAUCUUCGAAUAUUUCCCCUACAAAUGUAAGAAAUAAUUUAAAUGAUAAUUUGUAUAAUUAUUCUUUUGAGAAUAAACAUAAUAAUGAAAGUAAAGAAGAAUUUAAUAAUUCAUCUUAUCAAAAUGAAAUAAAAUAUAGUAAUAUGAAUAGUAUGGCUGAAAUGUUCAGUUUUGGUGUUCAUAAUAAUUCUUCUGUUUUUUUUUUUGACAAUCUAAACAAUUUUUCUAUGCAUGAAAAUUGUGACAACUCAAUAAAAGAUUGUGUUCAUAAGGAAGAUGCAUUAAUAUUAAAGGAAAAUGAUGAAAGGAUAAAAGAUAACAUAAAAAAAAAUGACAUAAUAAAAGAUGAUAAUUCAUUUGAAAAUAAUUACGAUAAUAUGAAUAAUUCCAAAACAAUACCUUUAAAUGAGGUUAAAAAUUUAAUAAUGUCUUCUAAUCUUAAUAAUGAUAUACCAUACUUUAAUGAUUAUAAUGAAUACAAUGAAUAUCAUUCAAACAAUAAUUAUAUUUUCAAACAAAACGUUAUCAAUAAUUCUAUGGAUGACAUAUUGUCACAUAAAGAGCAAAUGCUAAAAAGUGAUGUAACAAAUAAGAAUGAAUUUGAAAGAAACAAAAUUAUAAAUGCUAACACAAACGUUAUAAUGCAACAAGAAAAUAAAAGGAUAAAUAAUCAUUUAGAAGAUAAUAAUAAAACAAAUCAACACAACAAAAAUGACAACGGUGAAGAUCAUAAAAAAGGGUUUUAUAACAACAUAUUUGAAGGGCACAAACAAAAAAACAAUAAUAAUGAAAAUAAUAAUGAUAAUACUGAUAAUUAUAAUAAUAAUAAUAAUAGUGUUGUUAAUAGUAAUAUUCAUAAUAAUUGUAAUUUUACACGAGAAAAAAAAAUUGUUCGAAAGAAAUCAGCUAGCGAUAUAGCUAGCGAUAUAUUAGAAACAUGCAGUACCAAUUAUUCUUUUGAAAGAAGCGAAAAAGCAUUUGAACGAAAUGAACACGUUUUAAAAACAGAUUCUAUUUUAUUUAGAAAGGAAGAAAAUAAAGAUCAUAUAUUAAAACAAAAAAAAAAUUCUUUAGAAGAAUAUAAUACACCAAUGGAGGUUAAAAUAAAUUCAAAUUAUAAUUCAAAUAUUAUGUCUAGUACAGAUAAAAAUGUGAUAAAGGAAAAUCAUAAUGUAAGAAAUGAUUCUCUAAUAAUUCACAAUACUAUGAAUGAACAACAAAAGGUAUCAUCAAAUGUUCAAAAUUGUUAUCAUACGUUUGAUUAUUCUGAUGAUAAGAAUAAAUCAUUUAAUGAGAAGCGUAGUAUGGAGAAUAAUUCUCAAAUACAUUAUAACAACAACAACAACAAUAAUAAUAAUAAUAAUAAACAAUGUGAAGGGGAUGAUAUUGAUAAAACCCCUAAACAAAAUUGGGUUUAUAGAAAUAGCCAGACAAAUCUUAACAUUAAAAUGGAUCAAGAUGAUGAUGAUAAUAAUAUAUCAUCAAAAAUAUAUGAACAGUAUGAUAAUACACAUAUGAAUAGGAUAUAUCAAAAUAAUGAUUAUAAAGAAAAUUAUAACAACAAACAUUCUAAUAAUAAUAAUAAUCAUAUGUAUAUACCAAAUGAUGCUUUAAAUGAAUCUGUUCAACGACAAUAUAAUAAUAAUAAUAAUAAUAAUAAUAUUUAUUAUAAAAUGAAUGAAAAAAGUAAUAUUGAAUAUUUUAAGAACAAUAAUUAUAAUAAUGAUAAGAAUAUGCCCAAUAUAGAUGAAAAUCAAAAUAAAUUCUCUAAAAAUAUAACAAUGGUUCCCAUAUAUAAAAAUGAGAUAGAAAAAAAUUUUAUUCAGAUUAAUGAACCAUUUGGAUAUGAUAAUAAUAAGAUAAUAGCGUUAGGUAAAUAUCCAACUGAUUCAUCUAAAGAAAUAUAUAAAAAGGGAUCUAAUAAUUAUGUGAAUAAUAAUUUUGAUAAUAAUAUAUUUAAUAAUAAUAAACAGGAUAAAAAUAUGGUGAAUGGUAUAUAUGAUAAUAAUGAACAAAAAGUAAAAGAAAAAAAAAUUAUUGAAGAAAAAAAUUAUAUAAAUAAGAACAAUAUGGGUAAACAACUAUCUCAAGGAUAUAUAAGAAAUGAUAUGAAUGAUAUGAAUAAUGUGAAUAAUGUGAAUAAUGUGAAUAAUGUGAAUAAUAUGAAUCAUAUGAAUAAUAUGGAUAAUAUAAAUCAUAUGAAUAAUAUAAAUCAUAUGUAUAAUAUAAAUCAUAUGAAUAAUAUGAAUAAACAAAAUAGUAAACAUAAUGUUGUAGGAAUAAAUAAGAAUAAUAUAAAUAAUAUUGAAUCACAUAAUGAAGAUAAGAAUAUUCAUAGUGAACAAGAAAAUGAAAAGUAUAAUUUUUAUAAGAACAAUUAUAAUGAUGAAAAUUAUCAAAAACAUUAUUCUACAUAUUAUCCUAAGGAAGACGUUGUCUCUUCAAAUUAUAGAAAUAACAUGAAGACUUUAGAUAAGAAUUUUUUUAAUAAUAGAGAACAAAAUAAUAUAGAAAUAGCUAAAAAUUAUGAACCGAAUUUAAUUUUUAAAAAUGAUAUAUAUAUGAUUCAAAAAGAAAACAUGAAAGAAAAUGAAAAACAUAUUUAUAAUGAGGAAGAAUAUAUGCAAAUACAACAAAAUGAAAAAGAAAUAUAUAAUAAUAAUAUUAAUAAUAAUUAUAAAUGUGUACCUAAUAAUAAUGAAUAUAAUCCCAAGUUUAAUGUUCCAGAGUACUACGUAAAAAAUAAUAAUAUAAUAAAUUAUGAAGAUGAUAAAUUUGUUCACAAAAGAUGUAAUAAUCAAACAUACAACAAUAUGAUUGAUGAAAAUAAUUAUGAUAAUAAUGUAGGCAAUUAUUAUUUAAUGAACAAAGAGAAGAAUACAAAAUUUGUUUUUGGUAAUAAUAAUAAUAAGGGGGAUAUGAUAUCACCAUCGGCUAUAAAGGAUGAUCAUACAAAAUUUUCUUAUGAUAGUAUGAUAAAUAAUAACAAUAAUAAUAAUAAUUAUUAUAAUAAUUAUAAUGAUGAUGAUGGGGUUGAUGAUUAUGCAAGUAAAAAUAAACAUGCUUUUAAUAAUGAUCACGUAAAAAGCGUACCUUUAAAAAAAUUUUACACUGACUAUGAAAAUUGUCGUACGAAUUGUAAUGUAUAUAAAGAUAACCUACAUUAUGAAUUAAAAUAUUCUGAUGGUAAUUAUAUGAACAGAAAAUAUAAUGAGACAGAUAAUAAUAUGAGAAAAUAUAACAGCAUAAAGGGAUAUAUAAAAAAUACUAGUGUAACAGAAGGUAAUAUAUCAAAAGGUAAUUAUAUGAAAGAAAAUAUAAAAAUUGGUAAUAUAACUGAUCAUCAUAUUAAAACUAGUAAUAAAGAGAAUAUUAUAAAAACAUCUAACGAUAGUAAUAAAAGCAUCAAUAGUGAAAAUCUUCAAAUGUUAUAUGAUUUAUAUGAUGAACAUUAUGAAAUUUUAAGAAAAGAAAAAAAUGGUGAUGUCCUAAAUAAAAUAAUGGAUGUAAUGAUGAAUAUACAAAAUGAUUUGAAGGAUGUAAAAUAUAAAUUGUCAAGAAAAAAGAAAAAUGAUGAAAAAGAUGAAAAGGAAAAGGAAAAGAAGAAGGACAAAGAAAAUGAGAAAGAAAAGGAAAAGAAGAAGGACAAAGAAAAUGAGAAAGAAAAGGAAAAGAAAAAGGACAAAAUAAACGAGAAAGAAAAAGAAAAGAAAAGGGACAAAGUAAACGAGAAAGAAAAUGAAAAGAAAAGGGACAAAGAAAAUGAGAAAGAAAAGGAAAAGAAGAAGGACAAAAUAAACGAGAAAGAAAAAGAAAAGAAUAAGGACAAAGAAAAUGAGAAAGAAAAAGAAAGGAAGAAGGAGAACGAAAAAAAAAAAGAAAAAGAAAUAAAGAAAGAACAACAAAAAAGGAAAGAAGAAGAAAGAGAAAAGGAAGAAUACAGGGAUAAAGAAAAAAGGAAAGAGAAAGAAAAAAAUAAAAUUAAAGAAAGAGAAACAAAACAUGAAGAUGAAUAUUAUAAUCCAAAUUAUUUAACAAGAAAUAUAGGAUCUGCAGAAGACGAAAAUAUAUUAAGCGAAUCAAUAUUUCUGAAUAAGAGACAAUUAGACGAAAAUGCAAAGAAAUUAAAAAUUUUAGAAGAAGAAAGGAAAAAAUUAUUAAAUUAUAAUGAGAAAGGAAAUUAUAAAAGUAUGGUCAAUAGCACAUAUAGUAUAGAAGAAGGUCAGUUAUAUAAUAAACAAUAUAUCAAUAGGAAGGAUUCUAAUAUUUUAAAGAAUAAAAAUUUUGAUAAAAAUAAAUAUAAUAGUCAGAACAAUAUUAUAAAUCAAACAAAUUAUGAUAAUGAUUAUAACAAUGGUUCUACUAAAAAGUGUAACAUUGAAGAUAGUUCUUCAAAUGAUUAUUAUAAUAAAAAAAAUAAUUCCUUAUUAAAUAAUAAUAAUAAUAAUAAUAUGAAUGAUAAACCUAGUAUUGAUCAAGCUCCAUCAGAUAAUAUUUAUAAUAAUGAUAAGACAUCAUCAAAUAAUUAUUAUAAUAAUAAUAAUAUGUCAGAUAAUUAUUAUAACAAUUAUGAAAAAAAUAUUACCAACGAUUUUGCAAACAAUAGUAAUUCAUAUAAUAAUUAUGAUAAUAUUGAAAAGGAAUUAUAUACAAGUUUGAAUUUUGAUUUAAAGAAUUUAAAUUAUGAAGACAUAGAAGAUUCAGUGAUUAGUAAAUCCAAUAGAUUAUAUUUAUUUAACAAAUUUUUUACAUCAUUAUAUUAUGAAGACAAUACAAGAAGUCAUAAUUUCAUUAUGUUUAAUAUAUAUAAUAUAGAACAGAAAAGACAGACACAUAAGGUUUCUUUAUUUUUAGAAAAGGACUAUAGUAAUAUUUUUCCAUAUGCAUAUAAUAACUUAUUGUUUUAUGCAUUUGAUUGUUAUAAAUUUUAUAGACAUAUAAAAAGUAAAUUUCAAGAUACUUAUAAGAUAUAUGAAAACUCGACAAGCUGUUUAUAUAUUAAUAAUAAUUUUGAAACAAAUUUAAUAAAACGUUUAUUUAUAGAAGAAAAUAAUUAUAACAAUUGUAAAUAUUAUUUAAAUGAAAAUAGGAUAUUAAAAACAUGUACUAAAUAUUUUAUGGAUAAUUUCCUAUCAUUAAUUGAUAAAAAAAUUAAUAUAAAAAAUAUUAUUCCAUAUAUGAAAAAAAAUAAUUAUGAAUUCGAUCAAAGGAAUCUAUAUUUUUUUAUAUCUAAUUUUAAUUUGAUGGAUAAAAUUUUUAGUGACUCACAUGGAUUUGAUUGUAACAAGAAGUUUUUUGAACAAAAUUGUCCAAAUAUUAAAAAUUAUGCUAUCUUUUUUAAAUAUAUAAAAGAUGCUUCCAAUUUUUAUGAUACCCACAUUAAAAAUAAUAAUCACAAUGAUAAUGAUAAUAAUAAUAAUAAUAAAAAUAAUUAUAAUUACAGACUAAUUAUUGUGGCUCUGCAUAAAGGUAAAACUUAUAAUUAUGAAAAAUCUUCUUUUAAUCAUUUUAUUAAUACGUUUGAUAAAGAAAUAUAUAAUUAUUAUAAUAAUUACGACUCCAUGUCUUUUGAUAAUGGUUCAGUCAUACUAUUCAAUUUAUCAUAUGCGGUCCCUUUUUAUUAUAUAGAAUAUUAUAAAGAAUUCUAA